AUGACUAUUCGGCUCCCGGACUUGCCCGACGAUAUUCUCUUCCUCGUCGUUGCCAAUCUGGAAUGCGCCCGGGAUCUCAGGGCUCUUGCACUCUCCUGUCGCAGGUUGCAGCGUCUCGCUAGCAGCGAUGGAUGGCGCAUCUUUGUGAGGACCAGGUUUCCGUCUCUCGCCAUCCCGGCUCCGGCCACUGGAAGCCACACCUGGCGGCAACUGGCCGAAUCAAUGACCUGGCAGAGUCGGUGUUGGGAUAAGCGGUCGCUACAGUUCCAGCUUAUGCUUCCUCGCCGAGAGGUCAACGGGCACGGACGGCAGUAUGGAGGCGGUAUGGGCGGCUUCAUGUCGGUUGUCGAUGCCCAGUUUGAUCCGGCUACGCAGCAAGAGCUCGUCGUGUGGGGCUCUGGGGAGGACAUCUAUGCCCGCUGCCGACAGCGGCGAGGGCGCGGCAAGGCAUCAAGGACUUCGUGGCAUAGGCUACGCGGUAAUGAUUUCGGCCUCAGAGGCGGCUAUGACGAUGUAAAUACCGUCAAGCUCGUCAAGCGACCGAGCGGACGAGUCGUCGUCGCAGGACGACAUAACGGCGAGCUGGCUCUGCUCUCCGCAGAACCGGACCGCUUCGGUGAGCGUAUUGCCCAGUUUGGUCCUAUAGCGGAGCAAAACAACAGCGUACAGCAACUCUCUGAGCCGGACACGAUCAACUCGCUCGAUAUCUUGCAUCGCAGCAGUGGCCCGCUCCUCGCCGCCGCCGCCAAAUCCACCCUGAGAAUCUACGGCUUACCGGAGGAUGAUGCAGAUGUGAUAUCCCCCUUGACUACCUACGAUUUGACGGAGAGUGUUCUGGCUGCGAGCUCGGCGAGGCUGGGCGGCGCCCGAUGGCUGGGCAACGGUGAUACCAUAGCCAUGGCGCUAGUAGGUUGCAAACAUCCGUUACGUUAUCUCGCCCGCACACCGACUGGAUGGUCCCAUCAUGCAGCCGCAAAGAACGAGAGGGUAGAAAGAGAGUUCGGCGUCAGUCCCGCUCGGACUGUCACCCCAAGCUCACUGGAGGCGGUUCAUUACCUCCAUUCUGGGGCAAGACGAGAAACGAAUCUGCUCCUCAGUGCGUGGAAGGACGGCACGAUAAGGCUCCAAGACCUUCGGACACCGUCCCCCUUCGACGCCGUUUACCAGGACAACGUGGACCCGUGGUCCAAUGCCGAGUCGCUCAUGGCAUACGGCACCGAGAGAUUUGUAGCGGGCGGCUCGGACGGGCUCACGAUCCACGUGUUUGACUUUCGGUGGCCUAGAGCGUACCACCACACCUCCGGCCUUCCCUGUCUCGGCAGAAGCCCGUUCCCACGGCCUCACCAGCCGUUCAUGAUGCCGCCCAAGGCCGAGCUCGGAGGCGGGGCGCGGUGCAAUCAUGUCGUGGGCAUGCGCUGCCGCUGGCACGAGCUGUCAAGGGACCUCUACUUCCGGCCCAACGCCAAAUUCUUCCUGAACAACUCACUCCGCCGGUAUACAUCGAGCAGCGUCUGGUCCCUUGCCCGGGCCUCAGACAUCUCGCCCAACUUUUACAUUGGGGUCACAGGAGGGGUGAUCGAGGCGACGCUGGAGCAAACCCCGGACACGUAUCCGCCCAACACGGCCACGGUAGACCCCAACUUCGGGUUUGACGACUGGAGGGCCGGAGCACCUGGCGCGGUGGGCUACACGGCCAGACCGCUGUGGCCCUCGCUAAUGGAGACGGGCGACGGGUAUUCCUAUGAGGGAAAUGAUCGAUCCAUCCUAUUGCCGCCGCUGAAUAGGCACCAUGGCCCUGCAGAAUGGAUGGCGUUUCGGGGCAAGUUGGCGAAGCAUCAUCGGCUUGAUAAUGGUUAUCAGGAACAGGACGAUUUCAGGUGA